UAUAAAAAGGAAGGACUUUGAUGAAAAGUACGAUAUAGGCAGUGAGUAAUCGAAGAACCUUCAAAAUGAAAUUAAUUUUGCUGUGUCUUUUCAGCAUCCCGGUGGUUCUUUCGAGAGACUUUGAAUAUGAUGAAGGAAUUGAUGACUCUGAGACUCUACCUGCAGGAAACAUUACAAAUCCCCGUGGGUACAGACCUUAUGAUGCUCAUUCUGAGCCGACUGAAACAAUUCGACAUGUCUCUAAUAGAAAUGAACCAAGCACUAGAAGAUACAGGUACCAGGUUCCUAGCACACCCCAAGCACAAAAAGCUCAUCAGAGGACAUUCGACAAUGAUAAAGGAGGAUGCCUCUUCAUCGGUAAUGAAAUGGGAGUGCUAUGCCCAAAUGGCUGUGAAUUGAGGACUGCUCUUUUAAAGGAUGAACAGAAUAUGAUGCCAGUCAUUAAAAGCUUAAAAUUACAAGUUUCAACUCUUUCCCAAUCUUCACGUACAAUUAACAUUUAUGUAGAAAGAGUAGGUAACGAAAUGUACCGGCGUGAAUCUCAGUACCUGGGUAACGAUGACAUACUAAGUUCAUACAGUACAGAACUGGAGGAACGUUUUUCAUUGAUAAAAGAAAAGGUUACACAGACACUCCCUUCUUCGAUUCGUGUUAUGCGUUCCCUGGUGGACAGUCUCAAAGAGAAACUGAAAAAUCUUGAACGUGCAGUAAUAAUGCAGAAGGAAUAUUGUGCACAUCCUUGUGUAGUUUCCUGCAACAUACCAGUUGUUUCAGGCAAAGAAUGUAAUGAUAUUUAUGAAAAAGGUGGUAAAACAUCUCAGCUUUACUUAAUCCAACCCGAUUCCUUCAAGCAACCUUACAAAGUUUACUGUGAUAUGAUAACUGAAGAAGGAGGAUGGACAUUGAUUCAAAACAGACAAGAUGGUAGUGUUGACUUUGGUAGAUCAUGGGAUGCCUAUAAAAAUGGAUUUGGAAACAUCGCCUAUGAUUCAGGAAAAGGUUUCUGUGAUACACCAGGUGAAUACUGGCUGGGAAAUGACCGCAUCAGUCAAUUGACAAAAAUGAAAACUACUGAGCUCCUUUUUGAAAUGCAUGACUGGAACGACAAUAGUGUGAAAGCCCACUAUUCCAAAUUUCUGGUACAGUCUGAAGUCAACAAAUAUCGGCUGUCAGUCAAUGGCUAUUCAGGUGUGGCUGGUAAUACUCUUACAGAAGGAGCCAAAUCGCUCUUUGGAAUCAACCGAACCAUGACUAUACAUCAGGACAUGAUGUUCAGUACUUACGACAGAGACAAUGAUGGAUGGGAACCUGAAAAUCCAACAAAACAAUGUUCCAGAGAAGAUGGUGGUGGCUGGUGGUAUAAUAGGUGUCAUUCUGCAAAUCCCAAUGGUAGAUAUUACGUUGGUGGAGAAUACACAAAAGAAAUGGCAAAGCAUGGCACUGAUGAUGGAAUAGUGUGGAUGGACUGGAAAGGAUCAUGGUAUUCACUGAAGAAGAUGAGCAUGAAGAUCCGACCACAGUUCACAUCCACAAUGCCAGAUCAGGAGCAAAUACCUAUGCAGUUCCUAACACCCUGAUAAAUUUAAAUCUUUAUAGGGUAUGGAAUCAAAAAGUAAAUAUUAUAUGAGCUUCAAAUUGUCAUUUUGGAUCUAUUUUUACAUUUAAUCUAUUUGCGAAUCAUGAAAAGAGAAUUGAUUAGUGACAUGUUUGUGAAUACUAAAAUAUUGAGAAGACCGAAAAUUAAUAAAUAUUGCACUUAAAAAUCUUA